AUGCACGAAGACUUCAGUUGGACUCCACUAGCAGUUUAAAAAAGGUUUUGCUGACCUUUGUCAAGUAUGAUACUGUAUGUUUAUCUGUGGAAGUGUUAAUUUGUCUUCUUUGAUCAAGGCUUGUAAAGUAAGCAUUUAUAUCACGGUAAGGUCUACCUGUUGUAUUCAGCGCAUGUGACAAAUAAUAUUUGAUUUGAUUUGGGGUGGAGAAAGCAGGCAGAGACGGAAUGAAUGACAUUGCCUUUCUAAACAAAGACGGGGACAGUUUUCCUACUGAGUCCAGAAAGCAGAGCCCAGUGGUAUCUGCUGCCGCCACGUUAUGCGGGUAUCUGGACAAGCUGAGCGGGCCACUGAAGGUCUGGAGGUCCCUCUGGUUCAUAUACGAAGAGAAGGAGUGUCAGCUGGUCUACUACAAGUGUGCCCAGGAUGUGAAUCCACUGGGAUGGAUUGACCUGUCCAAUGCCAUACUGGGAGACCUACCACAGGCAGACCAGGGGACCUUCUACAUUCAAACACCCGAGCGCACCUUCACCCUCAAGGCUGUGAAUUGCGAGUCUAUGAUAUACUGGCUGAAGCAGCUCCAGUUGAAGAGGUGGCAUCAUGGGAACAUUUCUGGAAAGCUGGGAAUGGUCACCAGUCACCAUGCACUACGACGAUACGCCACGCUGAGUGACGUCCUCCUCAGACACACUCCGACAGGAAUUCAUAAGGAAUACUUACUCCGGAGCCGCUCCUCCCAGGAGCUCAGCCACAGCCUCAGCUGGGAGGAACUCUGGGAUCCAUUCCUGCCACUCAAAGACAUCCAGGCCCCUCCAUAUUUUGACCAGGACAAAUCACCUCCAAAAACAAAUAUUGAGCCCUCUGGGCCAAAAACACAGUGGGUCCAGGAGAUAGAGGCACCAAAGGGACACCAGAGCUCCCUAAGCAGUGAGGGCUCCUCUUCUAACCCCGCAGACAAGACUGCUAGUCCACAGCAGGAAGAGCCUCCAGACACCGCCCGUCUUCAACAGGAAGUGCUCAGUCUGGCAGGCCAGGUCAAGGCCCAGAAGGAUCUAGUAUCCCUGUUGCAGAAGGCCCUGGAGUUGGCCCAGCAGGAGAAAUUGACUCCUGCAGUAGAGUCCCCGAGGUCGGAGUGUGAAUGGAAGAGUUCCAACCCACAACCAUGGAAUCAAGGCGAGUGCAACACAGAUCAUUCGUAUGGCCUGCAGGUUGCGCCACUGCUGCGGCACGACUGUGUGGCCGAGUCUCAGGAUCACCUCAGGUUACUGGCUGAGAGGAACCAGGCUGAGAGAGAGUUGGUCCUCCGUCUGUCCCAACAAGUGGCUGAGAGUUUGGCCGACCCCCAGCGAAGCCUCGUCCGCGGUUGGACUGUCCUUGAAACGCAGGAGCAGCUGAGACAGGAGAUUAGGAAUCUUAAGGACAACAUUGAGGCCUACAAGACUCAGAAUACUUACUUGAACGCAGAGAUCUACAAGUUAACCAAGGAAUGGAGGAAGAGUACAGAACAAGAGAAGUGCUUGAUGAUAAAGUGUGCCCAUCUGGAGGCCAAGGUGUUCCGGAUGGAGAGCAGGUCUCUGACAGUCCUCUUCAAGCUACAGGAGAGCAGAGGUUUGGAGAGACACAGGGAAGCCAUAAAGACCCUGAUCACCGACACUCUUCGGGAGGGCGGGAGGGACAUUCUGGAACUGAACCCUGCCAGGGAAUAUGAUGAGUAUGGGUUUAGAAUCUCCACUGACAUCCAAAUGGAUGAUAUGAAGCUGCUGGCCAAACUGCAAGCAUUAGGGAUUCAUUCCCACGAUCACCCACAACAACAGAAGGAUGGGGAAGAGGAGGGGGACAGCGAGCGUCUUUGGGGCCGAUGGGCACAGCACUUUGAUGGCAGACGAUCAGACAAGGCGGUGGCCUCUCCGAAGCUGAAGGGGCUUCUGAGAAAGGGCGUGCCGCACCACUACAGGCGUCGUGUGUGGCGCUGGAUAGUGUGGAGCCGCACCCGCUCCCUGAGAGAGCGCCAGCCCCACUGGUACCAACAGAUAUGCUUUAGGAGCCAGGCUGCUUCGGCCCACCGGGUCUCGCAGCAGAUCUGGUUGGACCUGGAGACCACUCUGAGGGGGAACCGCCACUUCUCCUUCCCCGCCAAGUGUGCCGUCCGGAAGCUACAUCGUAUCCUCCUAGCCUUUUCUUGUCAUAACCGGUCUGUCGGCUACUGCCAGGGCCUCAACAGAUUGGCUGCAAUGGCCUUGCUAGUGUUGCAGAGCGAGGAAGAUGCUUUCUGGUGUCUGGUGGCCAUUGUCGAGACCAUCAUGCCUCAGGACUUCUAUGGCAAGACUCUAACAGCAUCUCAGGUGGAGCAGCGCGUGCUCAAGGACUUCAUGGCAGAGAAGAUGCCGAGACUAACAGCCCAUUUCCACUGUCACGGAGUGGAUGUGUCCCUGGUCACCUCCGACUGGUUCCUAGCUGCGUUUGUGGAGAGGCUGACCAGUGACGUCCUGCUCAGAAUUUGGGACGCCUUCCUGUACGAGGGCACCAAGGUGAUAUUUCGCUAUGCAUUGGCGCUCUUCAAAUACACAGAAGAGGACAUUCUGAAGAUUCAUCAUAGUGUGGAUAUCUACCAGUACCUCCGUUUCAUCACCAGAACCAUCACAGACAGCAGGAGACUGACAACCAUUGCAUUCAGCGACAUGAACCCGUUUCCUUUCAGGCUGCUCCGUCAGAGACGGGCCCUGCACCUUCAGUGUGUGCAUGUACAGUUGAGUGAGUUAGAGCGUAUCCAGAGGGAGCUGGGUAGAGAGCGACGCCAGCACAAGGACAGGGAGCUUGGGCUCGUUUCCAGCGAAGAUGAGGGGGACACAUGAGCUCUGGAUAAAAUGCUCUGGCCAGAUUCCAAUCGGAACUUUUACCCCCUGCGUCCUGUUACUCACUUAUCUCAGUAGAUAUUGUCAGUUUGUCAUUUCUUGUUUGAUGUUUUCAAUGUUCAUGUUUUAUUGUCACGUGCAUAAAUACAGUGAAAUGCCUUUCUUGCAAGGUCUUUCCCAACAAUGCAGUAAUCAAUAUCAAUAGUACUAUAAAAUGUAUAAAGUAGAAUAAAAAAUGACGAGAAAUAGAAAUUAGAACACGAGGAAGCAAGUAAGCUAUAUACAGGGUCAGUACCAGUACCAUAUCUACAAUGCCAUAUUUACAAUGUGUUGGGAGUGGUAGGAAUAGAUACAUCGAGCUCCAAAAGUAUUGGGACAGUGACACAUUUGAUGUUGUUUUGGUUCUGUACUCCAGCACUUUGGAUUUGAAAUGACACAAUGACUGACUGUGAGGUUAAAGUGCAGACUGUCAGUUUAAAUCUGAGGGUAUUGUCACCCAUAUCAGGUGAACUGUUUCGAAAUUACAGCCCUUUUUGUACAUAGUCCCCCCCAUUUUAGAAGACCAAAAGUAUUGGGACAAAUUCACUUGCGUGUAUUACAGUCGUAAAACGUUAAGCAUUUGGUCCCAUUUUCAUAGCACGCAAUGACUACAUCAAGCUUGCGACUCUGUUGGAUGCAUUUGCUGUUUGUUUUGGUUGUGUUUCAGAUUAUUUGUGUCCCAAAAAAAAUGCAUGAUCACUUUUACUGUAAAUAACAAUAGAAUGUUUCAAAACACUUCUACAUUACUGUGGGUGCUACCCUAUUUAUGGAUAAUCCUGAAUGAAUUGUGAAUAAUGAGUGAGAAAGUUAGAGGCAUAAAUAUUUUUCUCACUCAUUAUUAUUCAUGAUUCAUUCAGGACUUUGUAACUGUCCCAAUACUUUUGAAACUCACUUUUUGUAUAGGGCUAAAUUGACUAGGCAUCAGGAUAUAUGAUAUGUGGCAGACCAGGGGGUUUGGUCAAGAUGUUUACACAGAUCAGACACGGACAGAGUAGGAUUAGCUCAGUUUCAAUGGUGUUUAUUUAAAUAAUAAAUCAAAAAGAAAAGGAUAGGUCUCCCCCAUGAGACCCUCUACGGGAUACCGUCUUCUGGGCUCCAGGUCUUGCUGUAUCCUGCCAGGAUCAAAACUGCACUCACUCCUGUUACCUCUGUAACCAUCCCCAACUAUGCAGGAGUCCUUUCUUACCCCCCACUCUCUUCCUGUGUGAUGCUUUAUGGGCCCUUGAUUACACACCAACUCCCAAUCAGCUCCCUGGCUGGAAAAGCUGUCGAGACCUGGUAUGUCCAGAAGAUGGAGCCAUCGCCUUGUGAUGUACACACCGUCUGUCACCAGGCCUCGACGAGUCUCCCUCUGGUGGCUGACUUGCUGUAUGCCACAAAUGAUUGUAUGUGAGUGUGUGUGCGUGUGUAGAGUCAUUGUGUUUGUUUGUGUGUGUGUGUGUGUGUGUGUGUGUGUGUGUGUGUGUGUGUGUGUGUGUGUGUGUGUGUGUGUGUGUGUGUGUGUGUGUGUGUGUGUGUGUGUGUGUGUGUGUGUGUGUGUGAGCAAAUGAAGCGUGAGUGUGCAUAAUCAGUUAAUAAAUAAUGCAAAAAUACUGUGCUGUUGUAACAUUGCAAAGCGUGCUUGAGUGCUAGAAACAUGCUUUGUAAAUCUGUAUUAUGAUUUAUUUAAUGGUGAAAUAAGUAUAGCCAGUUAUGGCUUAGCAGAUAAUAAGAUAAUAAGAAAAGACAAUCAGUAUUUACCUGGCUAAAGAGAAGGAAUAUAAUAUCUAUUGUUUACAGGAAAUGUAUUUAACAAUUUUAGAUGUAGUUGUGUGGAAAAAGGACUGGGGGUGAAAUAAACUUCUCAGAUGGGCAAAGA